AUGAAUUCGAUUUUACAUACAUGUACACAUUCCAAUGAUGAUACAUUCUCAAGGUUAACGGAUGAUCAAAUGUAUGCUGCAAUCUUUUCUUACAUUGAGCAUUUAUUUGAAAUCAUUAAGCCACAUAAGGUCUUUUAUAUGGCUAUUGAUGGGGUUGCGCCAAGAGCAAAAAUGAAUCAACAAAGAGCUCGUAGAUUCAGAACUGCGUUUGAAGCAGAAGAAAACAUGAAAAAUGCUAUUGAAAAAGGACUUGAAAUCCCUAAAGACGAUCCAUUUGAUUCUAAUGCGAUCACACCAGGUACUGAAUUUAUGGCUAAGUUAACCGAUAACUUAAAGUACUUCAUUCAUAAGAAGAUAUCUGAAGAUUCCAGAUGGGCCAACGUUAAAAUUAUUUUGAGUGGCCACGAAGUUCCAGGUGAAGGUGAGCAUAAAAUUAUGGAAUAUAUUAGAACAAUGAAGAAUCAACCCAAUCAUGAUCCCAACUCAAGGCAUUGUAUUUACGGUUUAGAUGCUGAUUUAAUUAUGUUGGGCUUAGUGUCUCAUUAUCCACAUUUUGCUUUAUUGAGAGAAGAAGUUACGUUUGGACCAAGAGGUCAAAAACAAAGUAAUGAAUUAACUGAUCAGAACUUUUACUUAUUACAUUUAUCUUUAUUAAGAGAGUAUUUGUCAUUAGAAUUUCAAAAUUUGGAUAAUCAAUUAAGCUUUGAAUAUAAUUUCGAAAGGGUUUUGGAUGACUUUAUCUUAAUUAUGUAUGUCAUUGGUAAUGAUUUCUUACCUAACUUGCCGGACUUGUUUAUAAAUAAAGGGGCAUUUCCAUUAUUAUUGGAAACAUUUAAACAAACAUUGCAACAAUCAGAUGGUUAUUUGAACGAAAAUGGUACAAUCAAUUUAAAAAGAUUGAAUAUUUGGCUCAAUUUCCUUUCUGAGUUUGAAUUAGAAAAUUUUGAAAAGCAAGAUGUUGAUGUUGAAUGGUUCAAUAAAAGAUUAGAGGAUAUUUCAAUUACUGGUGAGAAGAAAAGAGAGCGCAUGGGUAAAUUGUUAAUAUUAAAAGAUCAAAAGAAGUUAGUUGGUAUGAUAAAACCUUGGUUACUAGAAAAUUCGUCGAAAAAGGUAGAUGAAUUAGUUGCAUUAGCUAAUGAAGAUAAAUUACCACAGUUGAAACUUCCAACAGACGAAGCGACAAAAGAUCUAGAAUUUUUGAAAACCUUUGCGUUAGACGCUGGUAUUGUUAUCAUUCAUUCUAAGUCUGAAGAUACUUUUACAGCUAAAUUGGACAUUGAUGGAUUAUCACCAUAUGAAACCGAGGAAGAACACAAUGAAAGAUUAAAUGAGCUUAGAAAGAUUAUUAAAAAGUAUCAGUCUGCGAAUUUGUUUGAAACUGACGAAAUAUUAAAAGAAUCUAAGGAUAUUUAUGAUACGAAGUUUAUGAACUGGAAAGAUAAGUACUACAAGGAAAAGUUACAUUUUUCAAUUUAUGAAACGGAUAAAAUGGUCGAAUUCACUCAGCAUUAUUUAGAAGGUUUACAGUGGGUUUUGUAUUAUUAUUAUAAGGGUUGUCCAUCUUGGAAUUGGUAUUUUAGAUACCAUUAUUCACCAAGAAUCUCCGAUAUAUCGAUUGGAUUGAAUGAGUUCUUAAAGACAAAUACAGGCAUAACUUUUGAAAAAUCGAAACCAUUCAAGCCUUUCGAGCAAUUGAUGGCCGUCUUGCCAGCUAGAUCAAGAAAAUUAAUGCCAUUAGUUUAUAGACCACUUAUGACAGAUCCUCAUUCCCCAAUAAUUGAUUUUUAUCCCCAUGAGGUUGAUAUUGAUAAGAAUGGGAAAAGUGCUCCUUGGGAAGCGGUCGUUUUAUUGUCAUUUGUUGAUGAAAAUCGAUUGAUCGAUGCUUUGAAGCCAAUUGAGGCACAACUUUCCCCAGAAGAACUGAAAAGAAAUAGUAUCGGCAAGGACAUUGAAUUUAUCUUUAACCCUCAAAUUGACUACGUGUAUCCUACUCCAUUACCAGGAUAUUUCCAUGACCUUGAGCACGACAAAUGUAUCGAAAAUACAUUUUUGUUACCUACAGUCGAAGGUGAGGUCAAGAUUGAGUUAGGAGAAAAUGCGUUGUUAGGAAAGGAUUCAUUAGCUGGGUUUCCUACUUUAGAGACUAUCCCAUUCAAUUUUGAAUUGUCUUUACAUGAAAUUAAGGUAUUCCAGAAUCCAUCAAGAUCAGAAUCAAUGAUCUUAAGUUUAGAGAAUAUGUGGGAUGAUUUAUCAAUAUAUCAAUUUAGUCAGAAGUUUGUAAAUAAAGUUGUUUAUACCAAGUGGCCAUUCUUGAGAGAAUCAAGAGUUGUUUCAGUCAUGGAUAGAGAAUUUAAGUAUGAAUCUUUGAAGAUCCAAAAUUCUAGGAAGGUUGUAUCCACCCCAUUAAGUCAAGACGAAGCCAAGUCCUUUUAUCAAACAGCAAGAUCAAUCUCGGAUACCUACGAAAAAACAAAGGGUAUUCAAUUAGGGGAUAUUGAAGGAUUGGUAUAUGUUCAACCAGUUACAGGAUUAAUUCGUAACGAAAAAGGAGCAUAUGUGAAGACAUUCUCAAAGGAUACUGAAAUUUACCCUAUCCAGUUAGUAGUAGAAGAAGUGACUAACGAAGAUGCUAGAUUUGCAACGAGGCCACCAUUGCCUAUUGAUGAAGAGUUUCCACUUGAAUCUCAAGUUGUAUUUUUGGGAGCUUUUGCAUAUGGCACACCGGCCACCGUUGCAGGUUAUACUGGUAAUGAUAAGGUCAAUGUCAAGAUUUCCAAAAUCCAAUCAACAAAUGAACCAAAUAUUGGUAAAAGAAGGUUGGAUAUUGAAAAUAAGGAAAUUAGAUAUUUGCCUUCUUUUGAAGUUUCUAAGAAGUUGAGAUUAAAUGCAUUAUUUAUGUCUAAGAUUACUUCUGGAUAUAUGCUUGAAAAUGAUUUUAAUAACAAGAGACGUGUUAAUAUUGGCUUGGAAUUGAAGUUUGAGGGUCGUCGUCAAAAGGUUUUAGGGUUCACCAGGAAGGAUGGUAAAGUAUGGGAGUUCUCACCGUUAGCAAUCCAGUUAAUUACUGAUUAUCGCUCAAAGUUCCCGAAAUUAUUCAAAUCAUUGCAAGAAAUAGACCAAAAGGCCAUUCCAAAAGCGUCAUCAGUUUUGAAUAAUGAGAGUGAAUUACAGGAGGUUACAAAAUGGUUAAAAGAUGUUAAGGCUCAAUUGAUGAAGGUAUCUUUAGAAUCUGAAUCUUUUACUAAAUUCAGUUUUGAAGCUAUUGAAAGUUAUAUGGAACACUAUAUUGGACAAACUAUUCCAUAUACCAAUAAGGAUAUUAAAGGCGUACCAAAGAGUGCAGUAUUAGAUCCAAGCGAGUCAUAUCAAUUAUUGAGUACCCAGAGAUUUGAACUAGGUGACAGAAUCAUCUAUGUUCAAAAGUCUGGUAAAGUUCCUUACUUAUCAAAAGGUACAGUUGCUUCCAUUACUUCAUUUGGCCCUAAAAACUCAUUGGGUGUAAUUUUUGACUACCCAUUAAUGAGUGGUAACAACAUGAACGGGAAGUUGAAAACUAACAGGGGUUUAAUUGUUGACUCAUCCUUGGUAUUGAAUAUAACUAACAAGCAAUUAGUGUAUCAUAGCAAAGCUUCGAAACAGAAAUCAAAACCAUUGGAUGAAAAUGAGAAGAAACAGAGAUCUAGAGAAAUAGCUCUUGCAAAAAAACAAAAACAAGAAUUGGAAAAUGCAAAGAAACAAGCUAAUUCUGAAAAGACUAAUGAAUUAUUGAAUUUAUUGAAAAAAUCUGAUCGCGCAAAUAAAAGUGGUGCUGAGGAAGCUAAGCUUAACUUAAACAAAGAAGCUGGUGAUAAAAACGAAAAUUCUGGACAUGAAGAAGAGCUGAGACUUAAUUCUAAUGCGAUUAGACAUAUUUAUGGUCAAAUUUAUUCGAAUGUGAUGAAUGAAGGAGCUAUUCCUCCUCAACAAAUGCCAUAUGGUGUUCCAGUUGUACCAGGAAUUCCUUUGCCACCACAAUUUUUCCAGCAGCCACCAAAUCAAUUUCAACAACAGCCACAACCACCAGCACUGCAAGCACCUUCCCAGCAACAACAGGAACAGAAUCCUUCCUCUCAACAAUCGUCGCAGAACCGUGAAAAUGGUAGAAACGAGAGAGGCAGAGGAAAUAGAGGUAAUUACAGAGGUAAUGGCAGAGGCAGAGGUAGAGGAGGCAGAGGAAGAGGUAAGCCAAAUUAA